UCAAACUGUUAGGAAGGAAAACUGGGCCAGUUUGCCUUAUCUUAACAGGUCACAAAUUUAACCAACCUCUUUCAAAGUUAAUUUUUAUGGACGUUUUGGAUUUUUCUACACAAUUUAAGACAAAGUACUUUUGAGGUUGGUAUGCAGUCUGAAGUCCACACUCUUCUGUUUACAUGCGACCUCCACCCACCAGAAAUUCCAUCUUGGAGCGAAGAUAUUUAGCGAGGCGGGAGGAGAUGCAAAGACGAUCGUGAUUGGUCUAUCCCAAAUGUAACAGAUGACCAAGCAGAGAAAAAAAACGAAGAAUUACUGACACAAAGACCACAAAAAUAGUCUGAAAUGGAGAUGUCUUCCAUUUCUCAUCCAAUGCCGGAUACUGAACAACUUUGGAAAAUAACACAAGGAGGUAAACAUGAACUCGAGUUCCUUAAGACAAAAGUAAGGAAGCAGCAACAUGACAUUGAAAGACUAAAAGAUGAAAAACAUGACCAGGACCUCCUUGUAAGAACUUUAAGAUUACAAAUGAAACAUUAUACUCAGAAACUUGAGAUGAGCAAAAAGACAGCCAUGAAAGAACAAAUGCAUCUUCAGAAAAUAUUGACUUUCAUCAACAAAGAGAUGCAAAUUUUGAGGGGUCAACAUAAUGAGAUUAAAACUCAACACAAUUUAGAAUUGAUUAAUUUUUUAAAGUCAAAAUCAGAGGAACACAAGGAAGGCCUCACUGAACAUAAACACCAGAUAAAGCAGCAGGUGACAGGUGGCUGUAUUCAAAGCCUAAUGACUAAAAACUGGAAAACAAUUAUUGCCGCAAAGGUACGCCAAGGAAUACAUGCAGAAAAGCAUAACACAUUUGAACCAAGAGUUAAACAGAAAUGGAAAAGAAGUUUUACAAUUUAAACAUGAAAUUAAGCACAUCACUAACGUGAUGACUGUCAUUGUCAAGCAUAUUGAGAAAAUUUGGCCUCAAAUGCAAAGACAUACUCAAAUACAAAAAGCUGCAUCCACAGGAAUUAAACUAAAAGAAAUUGUAGAAAAAUACAGCAUGCUGGAAAACAAUGGACAACAACUGGGGGAUAUUAUAAAACAUACAGUAAAUACAAGAAAGCAUAUGGAAAAAGACAAGAUCACACUGUACCCAAAGAACAAAGUGAAUGCUAAAAUACACAAAAUAUUUAUUGAAGAAAAAAGACUUAGAAAGCACUUGGCAAGAAGAUUGAAUGCUAAAGAAUACACAAAAAGAAAAAUUAAAUGCAUGAGAUAUCAAGUCAAAAAAAAACAUCAAGAACUUGAUCAGCGACUACAAAGAACCAUGAAAGAGAGGGAUGAAUUAGAAAUCCUCAAGCUAAAGUUGCAAAAGCAAAGAGAUGAGCUUGAUGAAAAACAGAAUGAUUUGAUGCAAACAAUGGAGACAAUGGCUAAACACUGCUGUAGAGGUGCACAACACGUGCAAGUGCACGUCAAUGAGAUGACGAGAAUGAAGUCUGCUAAGAGGGAUAAAAUGAAUUUGAAGAACCCUCAGUUCAGCAGAUGGAAAUAUAAAGACCCUCCAAUAAACAAAUUAGACGUGUUUCCGUCUAAUGAAGAAGGCCAAAAUGAAACAUACAAAGAAGUCAAGGAUGACACACUUGUACCUAGUGACAGACCAAAAACUGAGAUGAAAAUGAUUGAAGAAAUACUUAUGGCUGAAUUAAUAAAACAAAGGGAACGUACUGAAAAUGAGGCAUAUGAACUCAGGGUGAAAGAAGAAAAACUGAGAAAGACAAUAGAAAAUUCUAUGGAUGAUAUGAAGGGGAAGAAUCAGGAGGUUAACAGACUCAUAAUGGAUAUAAAUAAUUUGCAAAGACCAAAGACUCAAACCAAAGAUUUCCUUUCAAAGGAGGAAUACAAUGAGGAUACAGAAAAAGAAUUAGAUCAGAGAAACUAUAAAAAUAAACAUUGGGGAGACUUAUUAAGUGACAAACAUAGGAAGGAAGAAGAGAAAAAGGUGCCUAAAAUAACUCAACCUGUGCAAGAAAUUUACAAGUUCAACAGUUUAAGGGAGGAUGUACGAAGAGAGAAACAGCAGCUUGAUGGCAAGGAUCAAGUAAUUAAACAAGAGCUACAAGAAUUAGAGUUGCUUGAGACAGAGCUUGACAUUAAGAAAAAACAAAGUGAACAAGCAUUAAGAAAACUGAUGAGAAAAUUCAAGGCUAUGACAAUCAUCUGGUUUAAAAUGAAGCAAGAAAGAGGAUUAAUGAAUGAAGAGACCAAAAAGAAGGAAAAAGAGUUUGGCAAAAUGCAAGAAAAAAUAAUAAAAGAGAGGGAUGGCUUGGAACUUCUGAGGUGCAAACUGCAACAGCAAAAGGAAUUGUCUGAGAAGCGACAUAGAAGUACUGAAGACUUAACUGUUGUAAUUAGUGGAUGCAACAAUUUGAGGAUUAAAUAUUUGGAAAGUAUGAAAGUACAAAACGUAUUUGGUAAAACAAAUAAAGAACAAAUUAGUUCAAAGGUCAAUAAAUACCUCAUUGGUAUCCAUGACAUCAUGCAAAAGAUCAGCAUACAAUUGGAAACGAUUCGGAAGAAAAUGGAAAUUCUGGAAAAUGCAAAGAGUCAUCUAUGCAAACAAAUAGCAUGUCUCACUACUUUUAAAAGAGAAAGCAAGACUCUGACAUUUGAUGUGAGGAUGAAAAAAGAAAGGCUUAUGAUCCCCUUCAAAAAAGAAAUUCAUGAAAUGCUUGACAUCAGGAAAGAAAUGCAAAUACAAAAAAUAGAGCUUGAUAUUAAACGAGAAAGCCUGAAAAGAGAAACCAAAGAGGCUGAAGUGUUAAAGUCUGAAUUGGAGAUAAAACAGAAACACAAACUAAACCUUUUAAGAAAACUCAGUCGAAUAGAGCAACACAAUAAAAAAAAAGAUGCUGAGAUCAAAUUAGAGGAGAAAUCCCUCAAACGGGAGACACGGAAGCGGCAAAAAGAGCUGAAUCGGCAUCUGGAGAGGGUUAUCAAAGAGAUGGAUCGUUUGGAGAUCCUGAAGUGGAAUAUACAAAGAUGCCAGAAAGAGUCCACGAUGUCGAUGGUCACAAAAGUCUCCAAUCAGAGUCAAAACAACUGUGACAUUAUUUCUAAAUAUAUGGAGAUUCAUGCAAUUAUGAGAACACACUGUGAAUAUAUGACCCAAACAAUUCAUGACAUCAAGCAAAAGAUAAGUAAACAGCAGAAAAUCACAACGAACACGAAAUAUGAAGUAUCACACAUACGUUUUGGAUUGAAAAAAGGAAAUGAAAUUUGUCAUUUAAAGAAAAUAACACAGGAAGUCAUUGAAAUUAUAAAGAGAAGAAAAAAUGGGCUGGAAUUGUUGAAGUAUGAUUUAAACAAAACUAUGGCUGGCAUACAGCUACAAAUUACUUUUCUGGAGAAGAGAAAAGAAUUAAUGAAAGAAACAACAAAUGAAUUGGAAAUCACAAUCUGUGAGAUCAGACACAAUAAAAAAAAUCUCUGUGGAAGGAACCAGCUGGGUAGUGUGCUAAAAUACAUGGUAAAAAAAAGAGAAGACCUUAUUGAAAUGAAAGAAGAUGUUGACGCUAAUACGGACAGAGUGGGCAAUGAGAGGGAAAAGUUACUUUCAAUGGUAUUAAAACAUACCAAACUGUUGCAGAGGGAAAGGAUCAAGCUGGAAGGUCUGUUGUCAAGCAUGGUGAAACAAAAAGAAGAAUUUGAGGAGAAGAGGGAACAUUUUGAAGCUGUUGUGGAAAGAGUCAGCAAAGAAAGAGAAAAGGUCAUUUCAAUAAAAAAUAAUGUUGAGGCGGAUAGAAGAAGCCUUGCCAUUGAGAAGGAGAUGAUAAAACAACUGCAGUCUGACCUGAAAGUCUGGGAAGAUCACAUAUUGACAAACACACAAUCACAAGAAACAAAAAAGACCCUUCUCCAGGAGGUGAAUGAGAAGAAACUUGAAAAUAUUUACAAGAAAGUACUCAAAUUGAAAGCCAACAAGGAUGACGUGGAGAAAGUGUCAGUUGCGUUGAAGAACACGCUUGCAAGCCUUGAUCAAACGACUGACAAGGGAUUGAAAUAUAACGAACUGUUGCACAGGGAAAGGAUCAAGAUGGAUGGUCUGUUGUCAACCAUGGUGAAACAAAUAGAAGAAUUUGAGGAGAAGAGGGUACAUGUUGAAGCUGCGAUCGAGAGAGUUAGCAACGACAAGGAAAAUGUCAUUUCAAUGAAAAAUAAUGUUGAUGCGGAUAGAAGAAGCCUUGCCAUUGAGAAGGAGGAGAUAGAACAACUGCAGUCUGACCUUAAAGUCUGGGAAGAUCACUUAUUGACAAACACACAAUCACUAGAAACAAAAAAGAUCCUUCUCCGGGAGCCUUAA